AUGGGUGGAGGAGAGAGGGGGAAGAGAGGGGGUAGAGUGAAGAGGGAGAAGAGAGGGGGUAGAGAACAGGGGAUUAAGAAAAGAGAAGAGAGGGAGAAGAAAGGGGUAGAGGAGAGAUGGGAAAGAGGAGAGGGGGGAAGUGAAGAGAGUUUUAGAGGAGAGGGGGAGAAGAAAGGGGGUAGAGAAGAGAAGGAUGGAGGAGAGAGGGAGAAGAGACGCGAUAGAGAAGAGAGGGGUAGAGGAGAGAGGGAGGAGAAAUGGGGCAGAGAAGAGAGGGGUAGAGGAGAAAGGGAGAAGAGGCGAGAUAGAGAAGAGAGGGGUAGAGGUGAGAGGGAGAAGAGACGAUAUAGAGAAGAGAGAGGUAGAAGAGAGCGGGAGAAGAGACGAGAUAGACAAGAGAGGGGUAGAAGAGAGCGGGAGAAGAGACGAGAUAGAGAAGAGAGAGGUAGAAGAGAGCGGGAGAAGAGACGAGAUAAAGAAGAGAGGGAGAGUGUGAGGGAGAAGAAACGAGAUAGAGAAGAGAGGGGUAGAGGUGACAGGGAGAAGAGACGAGAUAGAGAAGAGAGGGGUAGAAGAGAGCGGGAGAAGAGACGAGAUAGAAAAGAGAUGGGCAGAGGAGAGAGGGAAAAGAGAGGGGAAGAAAUGUUUGACAUCAGUCAUGCUUGCAAGACCCCGGCGUCUGAUGUGGGCACGGCGGUGCGAGCUAUUUGUCAAAAUCCGUCAGAACCUGAGGUCAAAACAAUGGUGCAUGAUGCGGAUUCCAAAGGUCAAGUGUUGGACGUUGUUGAUAUGGUGUUCAGUUGA